AUGGAGUCCAGGAACAUGGCAAUAGGAAUCAUACUCUUAGUUCAGAGUAUACUUGGAAUUCUGGGAAACAUCUUUCUUCUUUUAUAUUAUCUAAUUCUUUACUACAAGGAAUGCACAUUAAAGAUUGUAGACUUGAUUCUUAUACAUGUGUUCACAUCAAACUUCUUGAUCAUUCUCUCCAAAGGUCCUGCCCAGAUAAUGGCAGCUUUUGGUUGGAACCAGUUCUUCAAUGAUGUUGGAUGCAAACAUAUUUUAUAUAUUCAAAGGCUUGGCAGGAGCAUGUCCAUCAGCACCACCUGUCUCUUGAGUGUCUUUCAGGCAAUCACCAUCAGUCCCAGGAACUCCUACUGGAAGGAAAUCAAAAUCAAAACUACAAAGUUAAUAGGACUCUUGAUUUUACUCUGCUGGAUUGUGUGCCUGCUAGUAAAUACUUUUUUUCCUUUGAAUGCAUCCACCAAAAGGAACAGCAAAAAUAAGACACAAAAGAGAGGUUUUGAAUUCUGCCUCUCUCAAGGUCGUGACAAAGUAGUAGAUACAGUGUACAUAGCAUUUUGGGUAUUCCCUGAAGUCUUAUUUUCUGUACUCAUUGUAUGUUCCAGCACAUUCAUGAUUGUGACACUUUAUGGACACAAGAAGAGGGUUCAAGGUAUUCUUAGCACACAUGCUUCACAACGAAUGUCUCCUGAAAACAGAGCCACACAGAAAAUCCUCACCCUGGUUUGCACCUUUCUAGCUUUUUAUACUCUCUCUUCAAUCUUACAAGGUUAUAUUGCUCUUUCACAUAACCCCAGUUGGUGGGUAAUGAAUAUCACAUCCAUCAUUUCUAUGUGUUUUCCUACUUUAGGUCCAUUUGUGAUGAGUCAUUAUUCCAUUUUUUCUAGAUUUUGCUUUACCUAA